AUGGCAGCAAUUACCCGGCAUAAAACAGAAGCGAUUAAACUAGCUCGAGAGCAAAGCGUUGCAGUGAAGGAGAUGUGUCGCCGUGCAAAGACAGAAGUACCGCCAUAUGAGUUUGAGGAAUUGAUUGGGAAAGGUGCAUAUGGUCGUGUCUACAAAGGUCGACAAAUGCCAUCUGGUCGGCUUGUGGCCAUCAAGGUUCUAGACAUUGAUUCUUUGGAUUACCAAGCGCUGCGUGAUUUCAGUGAUAUCUCUAUCAAAGACUUCAUUCACGAGACUAAGGUCAUGACACAGGUGAAGGACUCUGGUGCAAAAAACAUCAAUGAAAUCAUCGAAGCCAUAUCUAUCCAUUCCCAGCUGUGGUUGGUCUGCGAAUAUUGCCCGGGUGGCAGUGUGCGAACUCUGAUGCGAGCAACUGGGGAUAAAUUAGAAGAACGAUUCAUCAUUCCUAUUGCCAGAGAACUUGCAGUUGGUUUGAAUGCUAUCCACGAAGCUGGGAUCAUUCAUCGUGAUGUAAAAGCUGCCAACAUUCUCAUUCAUGAGGAAGGUCGACUGGAAAUAUGUGAUUUUGGUGUGGCUGGCGUUUUAGAAUCCAAGAAAGACAAGCGUUCAACUUGGGUUGGCACACCCCAUUGGAUGCCACCGGAGAUGUUUGCUUCUCGAGGACCCGGACCAGCCCAUAAAUACAGCAGCGAGUUCGACGUCUGGGCAUUUGGUUGUACCUUGAUCGAGUUUGCAACCGGUAACCCUCCCAACGCACGUCUUCGAGAGCCAAUGCAAAUUGGACGCCAACUGAACCGAAACAUUCCCAAACUCGAUAGUGAUCAGUACAGCCAGGGGCUCAAAGAUCUCAUUGCAUUUGCUCUUGACUCUAAUCCCGCGACCCGGCCUUCCAUGGCAGAUAUCCUCGCUCAUCCCUAUAUCGCUGGAACCGAAGAGGAAUACCCCACAUCAUCUGUCGGCGAACUCGUCCGGAACUACUACCAGUGGUCACAGCGGGGCGGUCAUCGUAUAUCUUUAUUUCAUCCGGGUGGUGCAGCAGCAGCAGAAUUCCCCGAAAUGGAGGAGUCAGAGGAUGAUUGGAACUUCAGCACAACAGAUGGGUUUGAGCGACGGUUCUCUGUUAUUGACCUGGAUGAGAUAGCUGCAUCCUUGGCCCAAAUAAUGGACGAUGACUCGGCGAGUCCCGCUGCCUUAACCCCCUCAUCCGAGUUCCCCAACGAUGACUCCAGCCUCACCAUGGAUCCCGAGAUCCAGGCCAACUUUGAUGAGCGUGUUCGUCGGGGUGCCGCAGCCAUGGAAAGCCUGUUUGAUAAAGACGGGCCCAGUUACACCUACGAAACCAAGAAUGACUUUGUUCCAAUUGAGCCACCUGUAUCCCCGGUAUCAGACCUCCCUCUUCGAACUGAAACCGACAGAUCGUCUGUUACUUCCACUUUUAUUGAUAUCGAUAUCGGCUCCUUUGACUCAUCACACUAUGCCGCCGGUGCUCCAUCUGCGCAUCCCUUCCAACUGGCGGAUGCAGACACCAUUCGUGCUAAUCGUUCCAGCAUUCGAGUCAAUCGAAACUCCAACGAUAAUAGCUCUCAAUCAUCAAACAGCGGAAAUGAGAACUUAGAGCCUCAGGAGGAAAAUUACCAACCCCAAUCUGGCCCACGUCCACCCACUAUGGACUGGAAGUUUCCGGGCUUCUCCUUCCAGCAUGAAGACGUUGAGGUCGAAGUGGAGAAGGAAAAAGAGAUGACCCCUGAGCCGGAGCCAGUGCAAGAAAAUACUUUCCAAGCGGAGAAACGUGCGACUAUGCAGUGGACUUUUCCCAUCAUGUCAACCACUGAUGAGGAUCCCACUGAUGGCCAACCCAGCAUCGAUCCUCACGACACUGUACGAGCUCCACUACCAAUACAACGUCUACAGAAAACAGAACCCGGCGACUCGCGUCCGUCCACCUCGGCUUCAAAUUUAUCCAUCGUUUCCGAAUCUGAUGGUGAUCCAUUCCGCUUUGAUCUUGUGCAUCCACUCGACUCAUAUUCCUCUGACAACCCGGGACCAACUGAACCGACCGACGAUUCUUUCAUCAAUGGAGCUACGAUUCGCAAUAGACUUCCUUUACUUGGCACGCAUUUGGAGACGGAAGAUAAAGAAGACGAAGAUAGAGAGGACGAAAUUCAUUCAGUCACAACCCUCGAAGAUCUUGAAGCCAUGCUUGCCAGUACCGAACUCGGCUCGCGUUAUAAUCAUGACACAAAUGACAGAUUUGCCAUUGACGACGAGGAUACAGAUAAAAUACUAUCAUUUCCAAGUCAAGGAAGUGUUAGCCUCGAUGGACCAGGUCCUGAUAACGAAGAAUGGCCUCACCCACUGUGGGGAGACAACCAGGAAAUCAUUCAACCAGAGAAUCACCCCCCACUCUUCCCAGGACAUCCCCCGGAUGCCACGAUCUCGGAGCCUGGAUCGGGUGAAUCCACAGACGUGGAGGAAGGUGUUCGGUUCCCAAUUCUGGUUCCUCCCAGGGAAGAGAGCCUAAUGGAGGGGGCUGACGAUGCAAUUGUUGCUAUUGAGUUGGAUCGUUUGUUGGAGGAUUUUCUGGAUGCCCUUUCUGCCACUUCUGAAGCACUUUCUCGGGCAGUCCCUUCAUAA